AUGUUGAGCACAGAGAUCUUGGAUGGUGCCACCAUCCUCAACUUUAUCAAGGAUGAGGAAGCCUUCACGUUCGCCGUAAGACGUCGUUUUGCCGAGCUAGACACCGACAACGACGGACUCCUCCGCUACGACGAGAUGCUGAAGGAGCUGCAGUCUUUGAGGGUGAUAGAGUCUGACGACACCGGGACAGUUUUGAAGAAUGAUCCGGCCAAGGACGACGAGGUCUACCGUUCGCUGUUCUCUCAGUUCGAUCACGACUCCGAUGGGGCGGUGAGCCUGGCGGAGUACACGGCAGAGACAAAGAAGAUGAUGGUAGCAAUCGCCGAUGGGUUAGGGUUUUCGCCGGUUCAGAUGAUUCUUGAAGACGAUAGCUUCCUUAAGAGAGCCGUGGAACGAAAGCACUCCUCCACUGUUUAA